GUAGUGCUAGUGCAGAUCGCCGCCCUGAUGAUUCGGAUAUUUUCGCACUUUCGUAUAGGAUACAUUAGAAACCACAAGCAGCAGGAUGCCCUUCAUAGAUGGUGACCCGUCCAGUUAUGGACAACCUCAGUCUGGUUCCAUGCCUGGUGAAUCUCUUCUAGAACCGGAACCAGCACCAAGUGAGGGUGCCCAUCAAGCGGGAGCCUCAGGAGAGUCUGGUCUAGCAGGAGAAGGAGCAUCCGUAGGCGGUUCAACUACACGAGAAGGAGGAGAACAAGUCGAAAGUAAGACAGCACAGGGUGCAGUGGCAGAGCCUCCCGAACAGAAAGGGGCGGUCGUAGAUGGCACAGCUUUACCCGACAAUGCCCUACCUACAGGACCUAAGUACACAGAGCUCACGCGUGAAGAAUUGCUCAUUAUGAGUUCGCGGGAUGAGAAUUAUCGGAAACCGAUAAAGAAUGGAGCAGAACGACGGAAAGCCCACGAACGUGCGAGACUGAAAGGCAAACUGGCUAUGAUCACUGACGGAGACCAGCUGAUGAGAUGGAACGAGACGAGUGUGGAAAAAAUUGCCGAAGUCACACAGAGCGUUGGUAUACUACUUAAGAAGUACGACUUGAACAACUUAAAAAUAGUCCGAUAGAGUGCUAGAGGAAAAAGAGUUGCUUUUCGUGAGGAGCUGUGAAUUUCGUGUUACCUCCUUUGGCGGUAACACCCUUCCCCGAACGUCCUCCUUGGGGUGAUCUGCCGGAGCGGUGUUGUCACUUCAUGUGGCAGCGAAGCCGAGGCAUCCUAUUCUAUCCUAUUCUAUCGAUCGUAUCCUAUCGUAUCCUGUCCUAUCCUAUCCUAUCCUAUCCUAUCCUAUCCUAUCCUAUCCUAUCCUAUCCUAUCCUAUCCAUCUCAACGAUCUCAAAACCGCCCCACUAAACACCAGGUCUCGAGCUUUAUUUCAUGUUUCUCCGUGGUGGUGCCUUCUACUUCGGACUUUGGUCUUUGCUGAUGCUCUUCCUCUUUCUUUGUUGUGCAUCUCCUUCUGGCACAAAUGCGGAUGAGGAUCAAGGUGUUGCUGGCUUGGCGAUUUUCUCUCUCGGCUCUUUCGGUCAAACUCUGGAAUCAUCACCGACCAGAACGGUGAAUUUCUUGGGGUGGUUUACCUUCACUGCGAAAAACGUGACGCCGUGGUUGAGCGUAAUGAGCGCAGCGGGAGCUUUCCUGUAAGGCCUCACUUAAUCCAUCUCUUGGCUCAUCUGUAAGCUGUUUUUCAGGUCGAAGAGUGGACGCAGAUGAGGCAAAAGAUGCAAUGGAUUGCAGUGAGUUCUAAUUCCUGUACUUUAUGUAUGUAGUGCGGUUUUUGCACAUAAAGAUCCGAAAGGAGGUCGCACGAGUGGACGAAGCCGCUAUUACGCCAGCAGGCUAUACGCUGAUUGUGGAGAAUUUGCCGAGUAUUGAUUUAUACUUUUUAUGAUUUGAAUCAUCUACUUGUACAGCUGUGAAAAUUUUGAUACGUCGUCAUGCAUGACCCAAGAACUGUUUUUGAAAGCAUACUUAGAAGCAAGCUUACACACUCACAGGUUUCGAGCUCGUUCCGAGUGAGAACUAUGGCAUGGCCUUACGUCGACACCUUGGCAAAGUAUUGCAGCAUGAAAAGAUGUUACGCGUCGAAGUUAAAGAAGGAGAAGAACCUCCAGAAGACGAGGGACCAUACGAUGACAAGCAGUUGCUAGAAGUUUUUCCGGAAGUGCAUUUUGCCAGGGAUUACCAAGGAUCGCUGUACCGGAAAAUGCAGGAAGCGGCCAUGCAGGUGAAGAUAGUAGAGGCUAAAAUCGAUGAAGACGACGCGGCGUUGAAGAAAUUGGAAGCACAAGUUAAGGCUUGAGGAACUUAAAUCUUGUCUUGUUCCUCGCGAGUACUUAUCUUGGUCUUUGUAUUUGUGUUGAAGUAGGGAACAAGAGGGGCACCAAGAUGCUCACCAAGGUGGAGUCCUGCAAUUUCUAAACAAGCAAAAAAGCUGCAUCAGUAUGACGAAGCAGAUGAAAAACAGCACAUAGAGGAGGAGGACCGGAAAAUUUUUCGCGCGUAUGUCAGCUGCCAGAGAGAAAGUGAUAUUAAGGCUGCUACCUGUGCAUGAUUGAGAUUGUUUUGGUAGUUUUUAACUCAGAGUUUCCUACUAAUUCUAGUUUUUCCACCUUUGUCAAUGCCUUAAUGUUUCUUCUUGUCUCCCUAGCUCCCCUCAAAGAGAAAAAGAUGCGAUUAAGCCACGACCAUUUGAAAGCUCUAACUCCUAAGACGUCUUUGAAGAUGCGUAUCGACUUAGCGGAACCUUGCUUGGCUACUUAUUCCAGUCCUCAAGACACAGAUUCGAAGGUAAGCGAAUUUCGGUUCAAGCAGCACCCGAACCUAGCAAUAUCCUGUGGGAGAAUCAGGUAUUGUUGUUUGAAUACUUCUCCUGUCUGAUGAGUAGGAAACAACGCCGUUCUUCUUGUGGCGCCACGACUUCUAGAGUUGCAUGCAAAGCUAUUCUAGAUGACAGAAGUAAUGUUUAUUCUCUACAAAAGGAUCAUUCAAACCUCAUCAUUCAAAGCCUUCACUACAGGACUGCACCCC